AAUCAAUUGAUACGGUCAGAGAUGAUGAUGCAGUACACUAUCCCUCGGAGUUUCUUAACUCCCUGGAACCUGCUGGUAUGCCUCCUCAUAAACUGGCUCUAAAGGUGGGAAUUCCUCUAAUGGUUGUUCGAAAUCUGGCUCCUGGGAUUGCAAACGGCACACGUCUUAUACUAAAGAGAAUGAUGAACAACUGUCUGGAAGCAACUAUUGCUACUGGACCGCAUAAAGCCCAGGACGUGUAUCUGCCAAAGAUACCACUAAUUCCCAGUGAUACUGGACUACCAUUUGAAUUCAAACGACUUCAGUUUCCAGUUAAGGUCUGCUUUGCUAUGACUAUUAACAAGGCACAAGGGCAGACCUUAGCUGUGGCAGGGCUAGAUCUACACGAGCCAUCCUUUAGCCAUGGACAGCUUUAUGUUGGCAUUUCUAGAGUUGCCUCCAAACAUGGACUAACUUUCUUGGCAAAAGAAGGAAAAACCAAAAACGUAGUGUACCAGGAAGUGCUGUCGACAAGAUGAUCAUCUUUAUAUUCACUGCAGGCAUUCAUGCCCAACAUCACCUAUGAUGCUGGCCAACAGCGACUGAACCAGGGUUAGCUUAGAAGAG